AUGCGUGCAUCUAUUCACAAUUAUAUUGCUUCAUGUACUCAAUGCGCUCGACAUAAUAUACUUCGUACUAAGUCACCAGGUCAUCUUAAAUCUAUUAAACUUCCCUCCGACGUAUUUCAAGUCCUUCACAUGGAUUUUUGGGGUCCUGUCCGAACAGCUUCUACUCGUGGGAAUCGCUAUGUCAUCAUUCUCACGGAUAAUUUAUCUAAGUACGUUAUUGCUGAUGCACUACCUGACUGUACUGCAAAAUCCGCUGCUCAAUUUUUUAUUGAACGAUUUAUUCUCCACCAUGGUGCUCCUGAACGCCUUAUCACUGAUAAUGGAACCCAUUUUAACAACCAUCUUCUUCGUGCAAUCACUUCUUCCAUGAACAUAGCUCAUGCCUUCUCUGUCUCUUAUCAUCCCCAAACUAACGGACAAGUAGAGCGGUUCAACGCUACUUUCGCCGCCCAGCUUGCAAAAUAUUGUGAUCCGGAGCAAUCAGACUGGGAUCUUUAUCUUCCUUCUAUUGUCUAUGCAUACAACACCAGUAUUCAUUCCAUCGCCAAAUUCACUCCUUACGAACUUGCUUUUGCACGUUCUCCUAAAAGUCCCUUUGAUUCAACAUCACCUAUCCUUAUCCUGCCUCCCGCUCACAUCUUUUAUCCUUAUUUACAACGCACUCGUCGUCUCAUUACCGCUAAAGCUCGUACAAACAUCCUACAUCAUCAGUCAUACUGGGCACAACGAUAUAACCAAAAUCGUCGUGAUCCUGUCUAUCGCGUUGGUGAUCUUGUUUAUGUUCAAGUAUCUACCGAUCGUACUAAACUGGACGCUCGUCGGCUUGGACCCUUUAUUGUAAUCCAAACUUCCGGUCAGCAACACUAUCUUGUUAAAGAUAAUCUUACUGGUCGUACCGAUUGGUAUCACGUUAACCAGUUAUAUCCUGUCAUCGAACGUCAUCACUAUUACUGA